UGCUCAGACCAAAACAGCAUAUUGUUAAGUUGUUGGUAACAUAACUGAAACACAGCUGUCGGUACCUUAAACUAAAUUGCUGCUUAACACUGUAGUAGCAAUUCAGCAACACACAUUUUGAUUUAUGCUACACACUUGCUCAUGGUCACUGCACACUUUCCCCUUCAUAAGACACUCCAUUCAAAAAUGAACACUCAUCAUAUCAUUGGGAAAACACAUAUGUUCAAAACAUAAAACACACUGGAGGAUUGACUAAACAUUGGCACACACCUGAAAACACUUACCUUUAAAAUUGAACACCAAUUAGUCAGCCUUAAAAAGGCCCCAGUUAAAGCCUUUUUGUGUAGGCCCUACUUUGUAAACAUGGAUGCAGGGAGAGCUCGUGGCAGAGUAAGAGUUAGAGGAGGAGGACGAGGACGAGGACGAGGACGAGGAGGAGGAGGAGGAGGAGGAAGAGGACAAUUGAGAGGAGGACAUAGAAUGAGAGGUCAGCUACGCAAUGUCAUAACUGAUGAUAUUAGGGCAACAUUGGUGGACCAUGUGGUUAACCAUGGUUUGACAAUGAGAGAGGCUGGGCUGAGGGUACACCCGAACCUCAGCCGGUUCACAGUGGCCUCUGUCAUCCGGACAUUCCGACUGGAAAACAGGUAUGUGUUUGAUUCUCCUCUGCCGUAAAAAGCAUCUACAGUGAUGAAUUGUGUAGUAUUAUACUGUAUUACCACACAGCCAUAUCACAUACUUACUGUAAGCUAAAGUGCUGCACUGUGACUGAUUGAUCUUUUUGAACGAAGGUGGUCUUUUUGUAAUAUGUACAGUACAGUAUAGGACAGGACAGGACAGGACAGUAAGGUAGAGUACAGUACAGUACAGUAGAGUACACUAUAGUAAUGUACAGUACAGUGUAGUACUGUGUUACAAUAAUGUAAAAGAAUUGUAAAAAACAAUAAUUUAUAUGUAACACUUGUCUGCAUAUUUCUGUAGAAUGACCAGAAGACCAAGUAGAGGUGGGCGCCAACGGCUCUUCAGUCCUCAACAGGAGACUGAAGUAGUCAAUAUUGUGAGGGCCAACAAUGCCAUCCGUCUCCACCAGAUAAGACACAAGAUUCUAGCUGACCAAGGAACGUUUCACAAUGUAAAUCAAGUCAGUGUUUCUACAAUCCAACGCAUCUUGGUGAAGCACAAUGUUUCAAUGAAACAGUUAUACAGAGUCCCAUUCGAAAGGAAUGAGGACAGGGUGAAGGAACUUCGCCAUGCAUAUGUACAGAGAAUCAUGGACAUGGAUGGGGCCGACCAAAUGCAUGAAUUCAUUUUCAUUGAUGAGGCCGGAUUCAACUUAACGAAGAUGAGACGUCGGGGGCGCAAUAUAAUUGGGCAAAGGGCAAUUGUGCAUGGCCCUGGGCAGCGUGGUGGAAACAUCACACUAUGUGCUGCCAUAAGUUUCAGGGGGUUGCUUCAUCACCAUUCAAAAAUAGGCGCAUAUAACACCCAACACAUCAUUGCCUUUUUAGAUGCGCUUCAUUUCACAGUUGUGCAGGACAGACCAGACCAGCCCAGGUUUGUUGUGAUCUGGGACAACGUAAGUUUCCACCGGGCUGCUCUGGUCCGUGACUGGUUCAACAAUCACAUUCAUUUCAAUGUCAUGUACUUGCCCCCUUACUCGCCAUUUCUUAAUCCAAUAGAGGAGUUUUUCUCCGCCUGGAGAUGGCGCGUGUAUGACCGUCAGCCACACGCCCGUCAGCCUCUUCUGCAGGCAAUGGAACAGGCCUGCGGUGACAUUGAUGUACAAUCAAUUCAGGCAUGGAUAAGGCACUCCAGAGCCUAUUUCCCCCGAUGCUUGGCAAGGGAGGAUAUUGCCUGCGAUGUAGAUGAGGUUAUGUGGCCAGACCCAAACAGAAGGCAGAAUCCCUAACUAUUUUGUAAUGCUUCUGUAAUGUAGGCCUGCUAUG